GCACCAGCAGAGGGCGCUGUCUGCUCAUCCAGCGAGCGGAAAAGUCCUGAGCCUGGUGUUAGCGGAGUGGCUCGGACCUGUUAGUUUGUUUUUAUUUAGUUGUUUUUGUUUACGCUUUGUGUUCUGUAAACAAGAUGGCCGGCACCGCGUUGAAGAGGCUCAUGGCUGAAUACAAACAGUUGACCCUGAACCCACCUGAAGGCAUCGUCGCAGGUCCGGCCAACGAGGAGAACUUCUUCGAAUGGGAGGCGCUGAUCAUGGGUCCAGAGGACACGUGUUUCGAAGGCGGAGUCUUCCCCGCCGUCCUCAGCUUCCCCUCAGAUUAUCCUCUCAGCCCUCCGAAGAUGAGGUUCACCUGCGACAUGUUUCACCCCAACAUCUACCCAGACGGCCGGGUGUGUAUCUCCAUCCUUCACGCUCCGGGUGACGACCCGAUGGGAUACGAGAGCAGCGCAGAGCGGUGGAGUCCGGUCCAGAGUGUGGAGAAGAUCCUGCUGUCUGUGGUCAGCAUGCUGGCAGAGCCGAAUGAUGAGAGCGGCGCGAACGUCGAUGCGUCUAAAAUGUGGCGCGAGGACAGAGACCAGUUCUACAAACUAGCUCAGAAGAUCGUUCGCAAGUCGCUGGGCCUGUAGAGAUGACGUCAUCGCGCCGCUCUGCGUGUGUGUGGCGGCGCGUCGCUCGAUUACAGACUGUGGAGCAUCAACACUGUUACCAUGGAAACCUUCAACGCACACACACGCAGAGCUACAGUUUGAUACUUCAAUGAACUGACAGAUCAGAGGCUGAUCGGAUACAGUGACAUCACCAGGAGACCCAGCAGCAGCCCGUCAUGGCCUCACUUCCUGUUUCCUCCCCUGCUGUUGGCUCAGAUUGAAGUUUCUCAGCGGGUAGUUUGCACUUUAUCUCCUCCUGGUGGUCACCGUGGUGGACUUCAGUUUGUUGGUUUUUGGUUUUUUUACGGCUGAGCUGAAGGAGUUUCUCAAAGUUUCCUUUCACAAAUAGUUGAUUGAAAACUAGAAUUUUGAGCUCUUUGUUUCCCUGAUUUCUUAUUAAUUUCUUUGUUGAGAAACUAAGAGCUUCUUUUUGUUUCUGUUUCUAGUGUCAAAUUGAUUUUAAAGCAUGUUGACCUAAACUUAAUAAAGCAGCGUUUCUGUUU